AUGGAAGAUCAGAAGAUGAAGCUCCACUGUGGCCUUUUCUUUUCUGGGUUGCCACCAAUACUUUGUCUGCAUGAAAAAGAUCUUGACUUUGAACUUGUCUUCGUAGAUUGGGUUGCUGGUGAAACUAGAACCAAAACUUUUCUCUCUAAUCUCAACCCAUUUGGUCAAGUCCCGGUUCUUGAAGAUGCUGAUCUUAAGCUUUUUGAAUCAAUGGCGAUCACGCGAUACCUAGCAGAACAAUACAAAGACGUUGGAACAGACCUAUUACCAAAUGAUCCCAAAGAGAGGGCAAUAGUAUCGAUGUGGAUGGAGAUAUAUACAAAUCAGUUUCUUCCUUUAGCAUCAACUCUCAUCAAAGAACUCGUCAUAAAACCAUAUCAAGGUUUAGCUACUGACUUUACACCACUUCAAGAAAACAAAGAGAAGUUAUCACAAAUCCUCAACAUCUACGAGGCUCGUUUGGGCGAGUCUCCAUACUUAGCCGGAGAAAGCUUCACUUUAGCGGAUCUUCAUCAUCUCUCACCCAUUCACUACAUGUUGAAAAUGGAAGAAGAAGGCGUGAAAGACUUUAUAUAUUCACGUCCCAACGUAGCUGCAUGGGUUCAGAGGAUGAAGUCGAGACCCGCUUGGCCUAAAACUGUCGUCAUGCAAGAGCACAGCUUUGAGUUGAUGAGACAACGUCGUCUGCCUAUACAUUUAGAUUCUUCAUGUCACGAGGUAACCACUGUGGCUCAGAAAACUGCGAUCGUUACUGGGAACAAUUAAGUCAAGAGUGAAUCAUCAUGGUCCAUUGUAUGAUCCAUUGUGUAUGUUUUCUUUUUAUCCAAGAUAUCAUCAUGUCGUUAAGUGUUUGUAUCAAAAUAAUAAUCCACCUUGUGAUGUAAGUUUUUAUUACUAUGUG